AAAAUAAAAUAUAAAUCAUAAGUAAAACACACCGAUCGAAGUGAAGAGGACAAAGGAUAGGAGCAGAGCGUUUGGGCAGCCACACAUCAAUAUCUAAAUGGCAGCGACGGUUUAUGCGGCGGCAGCAUCCUCCUCUUCCAUGGCAGCUACCACCGCCGCCUUCAUUCCACCCGCCAGCAGAACCACACGCUGUUCGGCCUUGCCUUACCUCCCACCUCGCAUAUCAUCCCAAUCAUUCCGCCCUUCCAUAAAACAAGUGUCAGAGUCCCGCAGGUUCCCUCUCAUUCAGAUUAGGGCCUCUUCAUCAGAAGAAUCCACUUCUCUUGAUGCUGGUGAGCUUUUCACAGACUUGAAGGCAAAGUGGGAUGCACUUGAAAACAAGUCUACGGUAAUUCUCUAUGGAGGUGGGGCCAUAGUUGCUGUUUGGCUAUCAUCGAUCCUUGUGGGAGCCAUCAACUCAGUACCUUUGCUGCCCAAGAUCAUGGAGUUGGUUGGGCUUGGAUAUACUGGAUGGUUUGUUUACAGAUACCUUCUCUUCAAGUCAAGCAGAAAAGAACUGGCAACAGAUAUUGAAGCAUUGAAGAAGAAGAUUGCUGGAACUGAAUAAACUCCACAUGAUUGAGCUACAAAACUUUUCCUCUAGCACGGAUCUUUAAUUUAUUCAGUACUCUGCAUCCUCGCUCUAAGACAUAUUUGCAUUUUGUAUUGUAGAUUAGCAACCUGUAUGAAUCGUGCUCUUGUAUUUCCCCUCUUCAUCAUUGUAUUAAGGAUCAGUAAUAUCUAUGCAGUUUAUGCAGCAAUUACAAUAUUGCAUAUAUGAUCAUAACCACAUGCAGCAUUUUCACUUC